UUAAAAACAACAACAACUGUUUGAAAUCUGUUUUGUUUUUGAUUCUCUUGAUCAAAACGUGGAUUGAUUGUCCGAUUUUAUUUGAUAAUUUCACUAAAAAUGCCUUUACCUGCAGCUUUAUUAGCAAGACUUCAGAAACGUGGUAUAGUUAAAGCAGUUGAGCCUGAAGUUGAAGAAGAAGUUAUUGCAGAAGAUUAUGAUGAUAAUGAAAAGACAGAAGAUGUGCAACAAAAUGGUGUUGAAACUGUAGAAAGUUCUCAGCUCAAGGAAUCCUGGAUAGGUUGCCCAAAUAAAUGGAAUAUAUAUCAUGAUUGUACUGAUUUUUGUAAAGAAAAUUGGGGGUCAGGAAAGGAUAACCCAUCUCCUAAAACAGAGCGGAAGCGUCUGUUAAUGCUAAAAAAAUAUCCAUUGCCAAAUAAUUGGGAAGAAGUAUAUGAUCCUGGAGUAGGCAGACAUUAUUAUUGGAAUACUAUUACUAAUGAAGUUGCUUGGCUUCCACCAAAUCAUCCAAGGUGCAAAAUAUCUCUUCCUGCUGAGAAACUAAGAGCAUUGAUUAAAGAAACCUUCUUAGAGCCAAUGGACGAGGAUGAUGAUCUAGAUCAAAAUAUGAGUGAAUCUGAAGAAGAUUCAGAAGAUGAAGAAAAUGAGCCUAUAAAUGAAGAAAAAGAAAGAAAUGAUAAGCACCACAGAAGGGAUCAUGUUAGGGAUAGAUCCAGAGGUCGGCCCAAAGUUAGGGAAAAUGAUUUAGAUCCAAUGGAUCCUGCUGCUUAUUCUGAAGCUCCAAGAGGAACUUGGUCCUCAGGCUUAGAUCGCAAGGGAGAAGCUAAAACAGGUGCUGAUACUACUGCUUCUGGUCCUUUAUAUCAAAUGAGGCCAUACCCUAGUCCAGGUGCUGUCCUGCGUCUGAAUGCAGAAAUAAAGAACAAAGAAUCUACAUCAGAGGAUGAAGCUUAAUGCUAUAUAUUGUGCCAUUAUGUAAAUAGAUAUUCUUCAUGUUUAAUAGUUUAUUUGUAUAAAAUAAAAC